AUGGUGGACAAAAACUUCUCCAUAGAUAUGCUUUUACAGUCCUCUGCCCUACAUCAAGCCAAAGAGGAUGCGCAAGAUGUGGUCAAAGAGCAUGAUUCACCGCUGCCCUCACAUAGCGGCUACUCUUCUUCCGAGUCUGCUACAUUUUCAAACACUGAGACUUCGCCAGUUACCUCCUCAGCAAAUGGUCCAGUUCACAACCCACAAUGGUACAACCCCGUAAACUACAUCAACUUGACGCAGCAGCUUGCUGCCCAAAUCAUUCAAGCUUCUCACUCAGGUCCACCCAUACCUGGGCAAAUGCCCCCACCCAAUGCCUACAGAAACGUCAACGGAAUAUGGGAUCCAUGCAUCUCUUGGCUGUACCCCUAUAUGCAGAAAACGCAACAAAAACGCAAAGGUGGUCAGAUCAGAUUCACAAAUGAACAAACUGAUGCUCUUGAGCACAAGUUCGACUCCCACAAAUACCUCAGCCCCCAAGAAAGGAAGAAACUGGCAAAGUCCUUAAGCCUAAGUGAACGUCAGGUGAAAACAUGGUUUCAAAAUCGGAGAGCGAAGUGGAGAAGAGUACGAAAGGAUGGUGACGAAGAAGAAGAGAACUCGACUGAUCGGUCAGCAAGAUCUGUUGAGCAGCAAAGCCAAAACUCUUACUAUUUUCCGACAAGAAUGUAA